CCAUCCGCCCGGGCUCUAAGGCUGCCGAGGGCGUCAGCGACUCCGACAUGGCCAAGCGGGCACGGUUCGAGGAGCUGAAGCGGCGGCGGCUGCAGGACCCCAACGUGGGGGUGUCCCGGACCCGGCUGUGCCUCCACAACCUGCCCAAGGCCCUGGACACCCCCCGGCUGCGGGCGCUGCUCCGGGGGGUCCUGCGCCACAACGGGGGGGCCCCCCCACACAUCAAGGAGUGCCGGGUGAUGCGGGAGCUGCGGGGUCAGGGCCAGUCUUUGGGGUUCGCCUUCGUGGAGUUCGGGGAGCAUGAGGAGGCUCUGGGGGCCCUGCGGCGCCUCAACAACAACCCCGAGCUCUUCGGGCCUCACAAGCGCCCCAUCGUGGAGUUUGCCCUGGAGGACCGGCGAAAGCUGCGGCUGCGGGAGCAGCGGAUCCAGCGCGGGCUGCUCAAGGCCAAGGCGAAGGCGGCUGAGUCUGCAAAAACCCCGGAGACCCCCCAAGGACCUACAGAGCCCCCCAAGGGACCCACAGAGCCCCCCAAGGGCUCGGGUGGGCAGGCCCCUCCCAGCAAGACCCCUCCCAGCAAGGCCCCUCCCAGCAAGACCCCCCCCAGCAAGGCCCCCCCUGCCAAGGCCCCCUCGGGCCCCCCCGGGACCCCCUGGGCCGGGUUCCGCACGCAGGGCCCGGGGGGGCGGGGGGCACCCGGGACCCCCCGCAACAAAGUGCUGGCAGUGCCCUCGCACCGGGGGCCCAAGAUCAGGAAACGGGACAAGGGGAAGGCACAGCCCCCUCUCUCCAAAGCCCCCAAGCCCCCCAAGGCCUCUCGGCGGCGGGAGAAACAACAGGAGACCCCUCCCCAG